UAACAGCGGGCUCGAUACGCGCUUCACCAAAAGCUUCCAGGAUUUCUCGACACACGAUCCGAAGCUUCAGCACAGGACAUAACAUCACUAGUAUUUGAACAAGGCAGCAGACUGCGAGGGUUUAGGGUGCCAUUUGGGAUGUGCCAUGUGACGAGUCGCAAAGGGGUGAAACCAUUCAUCGUUUUUGGUGCACAAGACCGUUGUACUACUCCAAGUCAUACUGAACAACUGAUUGUUUUCACAAAGCGGUGUUGAGCUUUUUAGCUGCAGUAUAUCAGAGGAGCGUGAAAAGGACUCUCUGUCUGAGAUGAGAUUAUCACAGAAACAGAGUGUGAGAUCAGGCACCAUGUCCAGCUCUGUGUCUGUGAAGAGUGGCUGUUCAAAAGAAGACAUGCCAAACUUCAGUGAGAGAAAUAGGAUUCAAUAUGAGUCAGACUUCCAGACUCAUGGUAACCACAAGAAUUUCAAAGACAAUCUCUUAGGGAUCUUCCAGGAUCUUGAAAACAAAAUAAUAAAAUUCCUGAAGAAUAAGCUGGAAAUGUUUAGGAAAGUAUUACAAAAGGACAACAUACAAUACUUUGUGAAAGACUUUAAUGACAAUAGAUGCAGUAUUAAAGAAUCGGCUCUUGAUCUCACACUUUACUUCCUGAGAGAGAUGAAGCAAGAUGAAGCUGCUAAUACUCUAGAAGAUGAGCUGGUGUUCAUUCAUCAGCUAAAAUGUAGCCUAAAGAAGAAGUAUCAGUGUGUGUUUGAAGGUAUUGCAAAGCAAGGUAACUCAACAUUCCUGGAUAACAUCUACACAGAUCUAUAUAUCACUCAGGGUUGUAGUGAACAGGUCAAUAUUGAACAUGAAGUCAGACAGAUUGAAGUUGCUUCCAGACGUCAUGAAUCACAAGAAAUACAGGUUGAAUGCAAAAAUUUGUUUAAAACACCUGAUCAAGACAAGGAGAUCAGAACUGUACUGACAAAAGGAGUUGCUGGCAUUGGGAAAUCAGUCUCUGUGCAAAAGUUUGUUCUAGACUGGGCUGAAGGAAAAGAAAAUCAGGAUAUCAGCUUCAUAUUUCCUCUUCCAUUCAGAGAGAUGAACUUAAAGGAGAAAGAAAAACUAAGUUUGAUGGACCUUAUAACUCAGUUUUUCUCAGAGACAAAAGGACUGAACAUCACAAGGAGAAAUCAGUUCAAAGUCCUGUUCAUCCUUGAUGGAUUAGAUGAAUUUCGUCUUCCUCUUAACUUUUAUGGGAAUGAGAUGUGGUCUGACGUAUCAUCACCAGCCCCUCUAGAUGUUCUCCUAACAAACCUCAUCAAGGGAAAUCUGCUUCCUUCUGCUCUCAUCUGGAUCACCACCAGACCAGCAGCUGCCAGUAAGAUUCCUCCUGUCUGUAUCGACAGACUGACAGAGAUACGAGGAUUCAAUGAUGCACAAAAGGAGAAGUACUUUAGAAAAAGAUUCAAAGAUGAGAACCAGGCCAAAGAAAUCAUUGAUCAUGUUAAACAAUCAAAGAGUCUCUUUAUCAUGUGCCACAUUCCAGUCUUCUGCUGGAUUUCAGCCACUGUUCUUCAGAACAUUUUAGAGGAGAAAAGAAAUAAUUGCAUGAAAAACAAUCAGGCUGAUGACGCAUCUAAUACACUGCAGGAAUCAAAUACUGAAGACAUUCCCAAGACUCUGACACAAAUGUACACACACUUUCUCCUCUUUCAGGUCCUGCAGAGCAGACGAAAAUAUGAUGGAAAAUACACACCAGAUGUUUCCUGGGAUAAAGACACCAUCCUUUCACUGGGGAAACUGGCAUUCCAUCACCUAGAAAGAAACAAUGUGAUCUUCUAUGACACAGAUCUGGAAGCUUGUGGUAUUGAAGUCUCAAAAGCAUCAGUGUAUUCAGGCAUGUGUACCCAGAUCUUUAAGGAGGAAACAGGGAUAAUCGUUGGUACCAUGUACUGCUUUGUUCACUUGAGCAUUCAAGAGUUUAUUGCAGCCCUUUAUGCACAUCUGUUUUUAGACCUCAACAAUAAAUCUGUGUUUGAUCAAGGGUCUACAAAACAGAAAACCAAAAAUGAAACUAUAAUUGAUUUGCUCAAGACUGCAGUGGACAAGGCACUUGAGAGUGGCAAUGGACACCUGGACCUUUUCCUUCGAUUCCUUCUUGGUCUGUCACUCCAGUCCAAUAGACUACUCUUACGGGGCCUGUUGAAACAACAAGAUGACAAUGAUCAGAGCAAAAAAGAAAUAGUUCAAUACAUCAAGCAGAAAUUAGAAGAUAAUCUGUCUCCAGAGAGAUCCAUCAAUCUGUUCUACUGCCUGUAUGAACUGAAUGACCAAACUCUGGUAAAAGAGAUUCAAGUCCACCUUAGCAAAGGAAGACUCUCAUCUGCUGACCUUUCACCUGCCCAGUGGUCUGCUUUGGCCUUUGUGUUGUUGACAUCGGAGAAGGAGCAAGAAGAGUUUGAGCUUCAAAAAUUCAAGACAUCAGACGAAUGUCUCAUUAGAUUAUCAGCAGUCAUCAAAACCUCCAAAAGAGCACUGCUAAAUGAUUGUAACUUAACAAAAAAAAGCUGUGCAGCUCUGGCCACAGUUCUUGGAUCAGAGACCAAUCUGAAAGAGCUGAACAUAAACAAUAAUAAUCUGCAAGAUUCAGGAAUGGACCUGCUCUGCACUGGACUAAAGAAUAUAAAGUGUACAUUGGAGAUACUGAGGGUUAGUAGGUGUGAUCUAACAGAGGAAAGCUGUUCAGCUCUUGCUUCAGUUCUCGGUUCAGAUUCCAGCAGUCUGAAGGAGCUUGACCUGAGCAAUAAUAAUCUGCAAGGAUCUGGAGUGAAGAUGCUCUCUGAUGGACUGACAGAUAAAUGUCGACUGGAGAAACUCAGACUUUCAAACUGCAUUAUUAAUGAAGAAGGUUACAAAGCUCUGGCUUUAGCUCUGAGAUCAAACCCUUCACACCUGAUAGAGCUGGAUCUCACAGGAAAUGAUCCUGGACAAUCAGGAGUGAAGGAACUCAAUGAUUUAUUGCAUGAUCCAAACUGCCAGCUUAAGACACUGAGGUUUUUAAAUCCUGCUGCAGAUGAAGCCUGUCAGUAUGUGACUAAAGUUGUGGGUAUAAACCCAUUACUCCUGAGAGAACUGAAUCUUAGUGAACAUGAAUUAGGAGAUUCAAACGUGAAGCAGCUCGCUUCUCUACUGCAGGAUAAACACUGUAAAUUCAACACACUUCAGCUGACUAAUAACUGUAUUACAGAAGAAGGCUGUGCUGCUCUGACUUCAGCAUUUAAUUCAAAUCCUUCAAACUUGAAAGGGCUGGAUCUGAGUGGAAAUAAAAUAGGAAACUCAGGAACGGUGAAGAUAUGCACUCUGUUGAAAAACCCACAGUGCAAAAUAGAGAAAUUGAAGCUUAGUAAGUGUGCACUAACAGAGGGAAGCUGUUCAGCUCUUGCUUUAGUUCUCAGUUCAGACUCCAGCAGUCUGAACGAUCUUGACCUGAGUGACAAUAAUCUGCAGGAUCUAGGAGUAAAGCUGCUCUCUGAUGGGCUACAAGAUAACUGUAAACUGCGGAAACUUAGACUCUCUGACUGUAGUGUAAAAGAGGAAGGUUAUAAAGCUCUGGCUUCAGCUCUGAGAUCACAUCAUUUACACCUGAUAGAGCUGGAUCUCACAGGAAAUGAUCCUGGACAAUCAGGAGUGAAGGAAAUUACUGAUUCAUUGCUGGAUGGAUAUAAAUUUACAACAAUCAGGUUUUUGAAAAGUCCUGUUGCAGAGGAAGCGUGUGAGUAUCUCACUAAAGUACUGGGCAGGAGUCCAUUAUUACUUGAAGAACUGGAUCUGAGUGAAAAUAAAUUAGGAGACCUUGAUGGGGAGAAACUCUCUGCUCUUUUGAUGGACCCUCAUAGCAAACUGGAGAAAAUUAAGCUGAAUAAUUGUCAGCUGACAGAGAAAAACUGUUCAGUUCUAGCUACUGUUCUCUCCUCCAAAACCAUCCUGAAAGAGAUGAACCUGAACAACAGCCGUCUGCUGGACUCUGGACUCAAAGAGAUUUGUAAGGGGCUGGAGAAUUCUGUGUGUGAGCUGAAGAUACUAAAACUUUCAAACUGCAGUAUCACAGAAGGUGGUUAUAAAGCUCUGGCUUCAGCUCUGAGAUCAAACCCUUCACAUCUGAUAGAGCUGGAUCUCACAGGAAAUGAUCCUGGACAAUCAGGAGUGAAGGAGCUCAAUGAUUUACUGCAGGAUCCAAAUUGUCAGCUGAAGACACUGAGGUUUUUGAGUCCUGCUGCAGACGAAGCCUGUCAGUAUGUGACUGGAAUUAUGGGCAAAAACCCAUUACUUCUGAGAGAACUGAAUCUGAGUGAACAUGAACUAGGAGACACACGAGUGAAUCAAAUCGCUGCUCUAUUGCAGGAUAAACACUGUCAACUCAACACACUGCUUCUGUGUAGAUGCAGUAUUACAGAGAGACAGUGUCUCAUCCUGACUUCAGCUUUGAAAUCAAACCCAUCACAUCUGAAAGAUCUGAACCUGAGCAUGAAUAAACUAGGAGACUCUGGAGUGAAAAACCUCAGUAUUCUACUGAUGGACCCACAAUGCAAGCUGGAGAAACUACAUCUGUAUAGAUGCGGUAUUACAGAGAAACAGUGUCUCAUCCUAACUUCAGCUCUGAAAUCAAACCCAUCACACCUAAGAGAGCUGGACCUGAGUGUAAAUGAACCAAGAAACACAGGAGUGAAUUACUUAUGUGACGUACUGAAGGAUUCACACUGUAAACUGGAGAUAUUGAGGUUAAGAUGUUGUUAUAUGACAGAUGAGGGUUGUUCUGCUGUGACUUCAGCUCUGAAAUCAAACCCAUCACACCUGAGAGAGCUGGACCUCAGUGGGAAUGAACUAGGAGACUCUGGAGUGGAAAACCUCAGUGAUCUACUGAUGAACCCACAAUGCAAACUGAAGAAACUAUGUCUGUUUGAAUGCAGUAUUAAGAAACAGAGUUUCAUCCUGGCAGCUCUGAAAUCAAACCCAUCACACAUGAGAGAACUGAACUUGAGCAAGAAUGAACUAGGAGACUCUGAAGUUAAAAUCCUCAGUGAUCUACUGAUGAAACCACAAUGCAGGCUCGAGAAACUACAUCUGUGUGGAUGCAGUAUUACAGAGAAACAGUGUCUCAUCUUGACUUUAGCUCUGAAAUCAAACUCAUCACACCUGAGAGAGCUAGACCUCAUCUGCAAUAAUAUAAAAAACACAGGAGUGAUUCACUUAUGUGAUGUACUGAAGGAUUCACACUGUAAACUGGAGAGAUUGAGUUUAAGAUAUUGUAAUAUGACAGAUGAAGGUUGUUCUGCUGUGACUUCAGCUCUGAAAUCAAACCCAUCACACUUGAGGGAACUGGACCUCAGUGAGAAUCAUCUAGGAGACUCUGGAAUAAACAGCCUCAGUGAUCUACUGAUGAACCCACAAUGCAAGCUGGAAAGACUAAAUCUGUUAGAUUGCAGUAUAACAGAGAAACAGUGUCUCAUCCUGACUUCAGCUCUGAAAUCAAACCCAUCACACCUGAGCAAGCUAAACCUGAGCUGGAAUAAACUAGGAGACUCUGGAGUGAAAAACCUCUGUGAUCUACAGAUGAACCCACAAUGCAAGCUGGAGAAACUAAAACUUUCAAACUGCAGUAUCACUGAAAAAGGUUAUAAAGCUCUGGCCUCAGCUCUGAGAUCAAACCCUUCACACCUGAUAGAGCUGGAUCUCACAGGAAAUGAUCCUGGACAAUCAGGAGUGAAGGAGCUCAAUGAUUUACUACAGGAUCCAAACUGUCAACUGAAGACACUGAGGUUUUUGAGACCUGAUGCAGAUAAAGCCUGUCAGUAUGUGACUGGAAUUUUGGGUGAAAACCUGUUAUUCCUGAAAGAGCUGAAUCUGAGUUGGCGUGAACUAGGAGACACACAAGUGAAUCAGAUCGCUGCUGUACUGCAGGAUAAACACUGUACACUCAACGCACUGAUUCUAUGUCAAUGCAGUAUUACAGAGAAACAGUGUCUCAUCCUGACUUCAGCUUUGAAAUCAAACCCAUCACAACUGCGAGAGCUGGACCUCAGUGAGAAUAAUAUCAAAAACACAGGAGUGAAUCACUUAUGUAACAUACUGAUGGAUUCACACUGUAAACUGGAGAGAUUGAGGUUAAGAGACUGUCAUAUGACAGAGGAAAGUUGUUCUGCUCUGAUUUCAGCUCUGAAAUCAAACCCAUCACACCUGAGAGAGCUGAGCCUGGUAUGGAAUAAACUAGGAGACUCUGGAGUACAAAACCUCAGUGAUCUACUGAUGAACCCACAAUGCAUGCUGGAAAAACUAGAUCUGUGUGGAUGCAGCAUUACAGAGAAACAGUGUCUCAUCCUGACUUCAGCUCUGAAAUCAAACCCAUCACACCUGAGAGAGCUGGACCUCAGUGUGAAUGAGGCAGGAAACACAGCACUGACUCACUUCUGUGAGAUACUGAAGGAUUCACAUUGUAAACUGGAGAAAUUAAGGUUAAGAUGUUGUUUUAUGACAGAUGAAGGUUGUUCUGCACUGAUUUCAGCUCUGAUAUCAAACCCAUCACACCUGAGAGAGCUGAACCUGAGCGGGAAUGAACUAGGAAACUCUGGAGUAAAAAACCUCAGUGAUCUACUGAUUAACCCACAAUGCAAGCUGGAAAAACUAGAUCUGUGUGGAUGCAGUAUUACAGAGAAACAGUGUCUCAUCCUGACUUCAGCUCUGAAAUCAAACCCAUCACACUUGAGAGAACUGGACCUCAGUGUCAAUCAAAUAGAAAACACAGGAGUGAAUCACUUAUGUGACGUACUGAUGGAUUCACACUGUAAACUGGAGAAAUUGAGGUUAAGUGACUGUUAUAUGACAGAUGAGGGUUGUUCUGCUGUGACUUCAGCUCUGAAAUCAAACCCAUCAGACCUGAGAGAGCUUAGUCUGAGUGUGAAUAAACUAGGAGACACUGGAGUUAAAAACCUCAGUGAUCUACUGAUGAACCCACAAUGCAAGCUGGAGAAACUACAUCUGUGUGGAUGCAGUAUUACAGAGAAACAGUGUCUCAUCCUGACUACAGCUCUGAAAUCAAACCCAUCACACCUGAGAGAGCUGGACCUGAGCUGGAAUGAACUAGGAGACACUGGAGUGACAAACCUCAGUGAUCUACUAAUGAACCCACAAUGCAAGCUGGAAAAAUUACAUCUCUUUGAUUGCCGUAUUAUAGAGAAACAGUGUCUCAUCCUGACUUCAACUCUGAAAUCAAACCCAUCACACCUGAAAGAGCUGGACCUGAGCCGGAAUGAACUAGGAGACUUUGGAGUGAAAAACCUCAGUGAUCUACUGAUAAACCCACAAUGCAAGCUGGAAAAAUUACAACUUUCAGACUGCAGUAUCACUGAAGAAGGUUAUAAAGCUCUGGCUUCAGCUCUGAGAUCAAACCCUUCACACCUGAUAGAGCUGGAUCUCUCAGGAAAUGAUCCUGGACAAUCAGGAGUGAAGGAGCUCAAUGAUUUACUACAGGAUCCAAAUGGUCAGCUAAAGACAUUGAGGUUUUUGAGUUCUACAGCUGAUGAAGCCUGUCAGUAUGUGACUGGAAUUGUGGGUAAAAACUUGUUACUCCUCAGAGAGCUAAAUCUGAGUGGCCGAGAACUAGGAGACACACGAGUGAAUCAGAUCACUGCUGUACUUCAGGAUAAACACUGUAAACUUAACAAACUGAUGCUGUGUGAUUGUGGUCUAACUGAGCAAAGCUGUUCAGCUCUUGCUACAGUCUUAAGAUCAAACCCCAGUCUGAAAGAGCUUGACAUGAGCAAAAAUAAUCUGCAUGAUUCAGGAGUGAAGAAACUCCUGAAUGGAUUAGAAAAUAAAAACUGCCAACUGGAGAAACUCAGGCUUUUAGAUUGCAGUAUCACUGAAGAAGGUUAUAAAGCCCUGGCUUCAGCUCUGAGAUCAAACCCUUCACACCUGAUAGAGCUGGAUCUCACAGGAAAUGAUCCUGGACAAACAGGAGUGAAGGAGCUCAAUAAUUUACUACAGGAUCCAAACUUUCAACUGAAGACACUGAGAUUUUUGGGUCCUGCUGCAGAUGAAGCCUGUCAGUAUGUGACUGGAAUUGUUGGUGAAAACCCAUUACUCUUGAGAAAGCUGAACUUGAGUAAAAGUGAACUAGAAGACACACAAGUGAAUCAGAUUGCUGCUCUACUGCAGGAUAAACACUGUAAACUCAACACACUGACGUUAAGUUACUGUUAUAUGACAGAAGAAGGUUGUUCUGCUGUGAAUUCAGCUCUGAAAUCAAACCCAUCACACCUAAGAGAACUAGACCUCAGUGUGAAUAAACUAGGAGACUCUGGAGUGAAAACCCUCAGUGAUCUACUGAUGAACCCAGAAUGCAAGCUGGAGAAACUUCAUCUUUGUGGAUGUAGUAUUACAGAGAAACAGUGUCUCAUCCUGACUUCAGCUCUGAAAUCAAACCCAUCACACCUGAGAGAGCUGAACCUCAGCUGGAACGAACUAGGAGACUCUGGAGGAAAAGACCUCGGUGAUCUACUGAUGAACCAACAAUGCCAGCUGAAAAAACUACAACUUUCAGACUGCAGUAUCACUGAAGAAGGUUAUAAAGCUCUGGCUUCAGCUCUGAGAUCAAACCCUUCACACCUGAUAGAGCUGGAUCUCACAGGAAAUGAUCCUGGACAAUCAGGAGUGAAGCAGCUCAAUGAUUUACUACAGGAUCCAAACUGUCAGCUCAAGAUACUGAGGUUUUUGGGUCCUGUUGCAGAUGAAGCCUGUCAGUAUGUGACUGGAAUUGUGGGUAAAAACCCAUUACUCCUGAGGGAACUGAAUCUGAGUGAACGUGAACUAGGAGACACACGAGUGAAUCAGAUUGCUGCUCUACUGCAGGAUAAACACUGUCGACUCAACACACUGAUACUUUCAGACUGCAGUAUCACUGAAGAAGGUUAUAAAGCUCUGGCUUCAGCUCUGAGAUCAAACCCUUCACACCUGAUAGAGCUGGAUCUCACAGGAAAUGAUCCUGGACAAUCAGGAGUGCAGGAGCUCAGUGAUUUACUACAGGAUCCAAACUGUCAACUGAAAAUAUUGAGAUUUUUGGGUCCUGCGGCAGAUGAAGCCUGUCAGUUUGUGACUGGAGUUGUGGGUAAAAACCUGUUAUACCUGAGAAAGCUGAAUCUGAGUGGAUGUGAACUAGGAGACACACGAGUGAAUCAGAUCUCUGCUCUACUGCAGGAUAAACACUGUCAACUCAACAUAUUGAUUCUGUAUGAAUGUGGUAUCACAGAGAAACAGUGUCUCAUCCUGACUUCAGCUCUGAAAUCAAACCCAUCACACCUAAUAGAUCUGGACCUCAGUGGGAAUGAAAUAAAAAACACAGGAGUGAAUCACUUAUGUGACGUACUAAAGGAUUUACACUGUAAACUGGAGAAAUUGAGGUUAAGAUACUGUGAAAUGACAGAUGAAAGUUGUUCUGCUGUGACUUCAGCUCUGAAAUCAAACCCAUCACACCUGAGGGUGUUGGACCUGAGUGGGAAUAAACUAGGAGACUCUGGAGUGAAAAACCUCAGUGAUCUACUGAUGAACCCACAAUGCAAACUGGAAAUACUAGAUCUGUGUGAAUGCAGUAUUACAGAGAAACAGUGUCUCAUCCUGACUUCAGCUCUGAAAUCAAACCCAUCACACCUGAUAGAACUGGACCUGAGCUGGAAUGAACUAGGAGACUCUGGAGUGAAAAACCUCAGUGAUCUACUGAUGAACCCACAAUGCAAGCUGGAGAAACUGCAUCUGAGUAGAUGCAGUAUUACAGAGGAACAGUGUCUCAUCCUGACUUCAGCUCUGAAAUCAAACCCAUCACACCUGAGAGAGCUGAAACUCAGUAGGAAUCAAAUAAAAAACACAGGAGUGAAUCACUUAUGUGACGUACUGAAGGAUUCACACUGUAAACUGGAGAGAUUGAGGUUAAGCUGCUGUUAUAUGACAGAUGAGGGUUGUUCUGCUCUGACUUCAGCUCUGAAAUCAAACCCAUCACACCUAAAAGAGUUGAAUUUGAGUGGGAAUGAACUAGGAGACUCUGCGGUGAAAAAACUCUGUGAUCUACUCAUCCACCCACAAUUCAAGCUGGAGAAACUACACCUGUGUGAAUGCAGUAUUACAGAGAAACAGUGUCUCAUCCUGACUUCAGCUCUGAAAUCAAACCCAUCAUACUUGAGAGAGCUGGACCUCAGUAGGAAUGAACUAAAAAACACAGGAGUGAAUCACUUAUGUGAUAUACUAAAGGAUUCACAGUGUAAACUGGAGAGAUUGAGAUUAAGAGGCUGUGAUAUGACAGAUGAAGGUUGUUCUGCUGUGACUUCAGCUCUGAAAUCAAACCCAUCACACCUGAGAGAACUGGAGCUGAGUGAGAAUGAACUGGGAGACUCUGGAGUGAAAAACCUCAGUGAUCUACUGAUGAACCCACAAUGCAAGCUGGAAAUACUAGGUUUGAGUAAAUGCAGUAUUACAGAGAAACAGUGUCUCAUCCUGACUUCAGCUCUGAAAUCAAACCCAUCACACCUGAGAGAACUGAACCUCAGUGAGAAUCAACUAAGAGACUCUGGAGUUGAAACCCUUGGUGUUCUGUUGGGCAGUUCACAGUGCAAGCUGGAAAAACUACAUCUGUGUGGACUCAGUAUUACGGAGAAACAGUUUCUCAUCCUGACUUCAGCUCUGAAAUCAAACCCAUCACACCUGAGAGAACUGAACCUCAGUGAGAAUCAACUAGGAGACUCUGGAGCUGAAAACCUUGGUGUUCUGUUGGGCAGUUCACAAUGCAAGCUGGAAAAACUACAUCUGCGUGGAUGCAGUAUUACAGAGAAACAGCUUCUUAUCCUGACUUCAGCUUUGAAAUCAAACCCAUCACACCAAAGAGAGCUGGACUUCAGUGUGAAUCAAAUAAAAACCACAGGAGUGAAUCACAUAUGUGACAUACUGAAGGAUUCACACUGUAAACUGGAGAGAUUGGGACUUUCAGAUUGCAGUAUCACAGAAGAUGGUUAUAAUGCUCUGGCUUCAGCUCUGAGAUCAAACCCUUCACACCUGAUAGAGCUGGAUCUCACAGGAAAUGAUCCUGGACAAUCAGGAGUGAAGGAGCUCAGUGAUUUACUACAGAAUGAAAAAUAUUCACUGGCAGUACUGAGGUUUUUGGGUCCUGCUGCAGAUGAAGCCUGUCAGUAUGUGACUGGAAUUGUGGGUAAAAACCCAUUACUUCUGAGAGAACUGAAUCUGAGUGGACAUGAACUAGGAGACACACGAGUGAAUCAGAUCGCUGCUCUACUGCAGGAUAAACACUGUAAACUCAACACACUGAUUCUGUGUGGAUGCAGUAUUACAGAGGAACAGUGUCUCAUCCUGACUUCAGCUCUGUGUGCAAACCUUUCACACCUGAGAGAACUGAACCUCAGUAAAAAUAAAAUAGAAAACAAAGGAGUGAAGCACAUAUGUAACAUACUGAAUGAUUCACGCUGUAAACUGGAGAGACUGAGGUUAAGAGGCUGUGACAUGACAGAUGAAGGUUGUUCUGCUCUGACUUCAGCUCUGAAAUCAAACCCAUCACACCUGAGAGAACUGGACCUGAGUGAGAAUAAACUUGGAGACUCUGGAUUUGAAAACCUCAGUGAUCUACUGAUAAACCCACAAUGCAAGCUGGAAAUACUAGCACUGUGUAAAUGCAGUAUUCAAGAGAAGCAGUGUGUCUCCCUGACCUCAGCUCUGAAAUCAAACCCAUCACACCUGAGAAAACUGGACCUGAGUGGGAAUAACCUUAAACACACAAGAGUGAAAAAUUUUUAUGAUGUACUGAAGGAUUCACACUGUAAACUGGAGAGACUCAGGUUAAGGUCUUGUGGCAUAAAAGCUGAUGAUUGUUCAGCUCUGACUUCAGCUCUGAAAUCAAACCCAUCACACCUGAGAGAGCUGGACCUGAGUGGGAAUGAAAUAGGACAAUCAAGAAUGGCAAUACUCAGUGAUCUACUGAUGAACCCAGAAUGCAAGCUGGAAAAACUAGCUCUGUGUGGAUGCCGUAUUACAGAGAAACAGUGUCUCCUCCUGACUUCAGCUCUGUGUUCAAACCUUUCACACCUGAGAGAGCUGGACCUCAGUGGAAAUAAAAUAGAAAACAAAGGAGUCAAACAUUUAUGUAACAUACUGAAUCAUUCAUGCUGUAAACUGGAGAGACUGAGUCUAAAUGACUGUGGCAUUACAGAUGUUGCUGAUUUGGCCCAGUCUUUGGCUGAAAGAAAAGCACUGCAGUUUUUAAAGGAGCUUGAUCUAAGUAAAAAUAACAUUGGAAACUCCAAGAACCGGCUCAUUGGCGUGCUACAAGAUUCCAACUGUACCCUGAGCCUGGAGAAAGAACAUUCACGCUUGAGAGCUGGUGUAAACUACAUUAGUGGGUGGUUAAAGACCAGGUCAAGAGCUCAAAAUCCUUUGGAAUCAACAGAACAAGAACAGUCACUGUCAGAUGAGGAAUUCUCAGAAGGUGAAAUAGAGGAGGAUGAAGAAGCUAAUGAGCGCACAAAACAGGUGGAUUAGCAGGAUACAAGUCAAUAGUAUAAGGCCUUCAUCAUAAUUAUGUUUGGAUUAAAUUCAUCCAUAAUGAAGCAAUUAAAAUAUUGCUUAUGACUGUCACUUAAAUAUAUCAAAUUAUAUAAAAUGAAAGUCUAAAAUGAAGAUGAAAUUAUUGUGGGCUACAUGUACACAGAUUCAAAUCAGUCAUUUGCACUGAUUAGUAGUAGUCAUUUCUAUAGCUCAGUGGUCAUGUGUUAUUUCUUUAUACCAUAAUUUUAUUUUACAUUUACGUAUGUUUUACAUUACAUUUGUCUUGCAUUUUAUAUACAGAAUGUAUUUUUGUAAGUUCUGUGUGUGUCUCAUAAGAAAUGUCCCUGUACAUUGGGCACUUUGACUGUUAUAAGUGGUGUGGAAGAAUCUG